AUGCGACGCCGACUUCAACAGCUGGAGAACGAAAAGAGUGCCGUCACCAAGAAGGCUGUGAAGAGGGACAACGAUUUGCAUCCGGAGUCCCAGGAAUCCAGCGAGGACUACAUCCUGGACGAGCCCUACGAGACGCCCCUGGACAGAGAGAAUGACCAGGACUUCCAGCCCAUCACGAACCAGUUGACUGAGCACCAGCAACAGGUGCUGAAAGCUCAGGCGGAUGAGUGCCGGAGCGAAGCCUAUGGAGCAAUGGAGCAGUUCCCUGAUCCAGACUUCGACAUAUCUCUACUGGAGCUAUGCUGCCCACCAGACUCCCGGCUGGCUCAAACCUUUUUGGACCAUGGCAAACGAGCCCUACGUGUUGGUUUGCCUGCCAUCGACUUCGGCAAGAAAUCAGGACUUCAGGAAGUGCUGAAUAUGAUCGACAAAUGGAAGCCCAAGGUCCUAUGGAUCUCUUUGCCAUGCGGACCUUACCCACCCAUCCAGGAGAUCUUCAAUGAGAGCACGCCAGAGAUGCUUCAGAAGAGUCUGGAACGAAAGAAGAAGGCCAAGAAGUUGAUCUCACACGGUAUCACUGCGGCUCGACAUCAAGUGAACCGUGGAGGAGAAGUUGGAUGGGAGUGGCCUGUCAACAACCCAGGAUGGGAGCUUCCGUUAGUUCGCAAGUUUUGGCACGAACUUGAAAAUGCUGGCCCAGCAUUCAGCGCAAGAGUUGAUGGAUGUUCCUAUGGCAUGACCGGUCCCAAGAACAUGCCCUUGAAGAAGCCAUGGAAGAUUCGCACCACCUCACAGACAUUGGCGCGAGCUGUUCAUCGACUCUGUCCUGGACAUGAGUGCCAUGAAGAGUGCCUGGGAGGAAAAACGGCCCGUGACUCAGGUUUCUACCCUCAGAGCAUGUGCAAUGUCAUCUACAAGUCCGUGCAGGAGAUGAUGGCCUGUCGCCCGAACUAUGACGUCUUCCCCGCGGCGUAUCCGGUCUUUGACACCAAGGACAUGAUGGAGAUUGAAGAAAAGAAGAAACAUGUUCGACCUCUCACGGAGGAGGAGAAGAAGCAGGUGAGCAAGUUGGUCGACAGACUUCACCGCCGCACCGGACAUCCGUCCAAUGUGGCAUUGGCCGGCGUACUACGCCAUCGUGGUGCUCACCCGGAAGUCAUUCAGCUGGCUGCGCAAAAUCAAUGCAAUGAAUGUCAAGAGCUACGAUCAGCUCCCUUGCACGCCAUCGCUGCCAUCGAGAAGAGUGAGACUUUAUGGGAGACAGUGGUGAUCGACAACAUGGAGUUCACAGCUGACGGCGGGAUUCACCACUACAUGGUCCUUGUUGAUGAGGCCUCCCGCCUGAUGAAUGCAUAUCAUCUGUUCUCGCACGGCCCGGCCGAGAGCAGAAAUGCCACGGCAGAAGAAGUUACUGAUGCUUUGGGCAACUGGUGCCUCCACUAUGGCAUGCCUGCCAAAGUCCGCCUUGACCCAGAAGGAGCUUUCAGGUUAACCCUUUUGGGGCAGUGGGCCUCUGAGAGGGGCAUAGAGCUUGUGUUUUGUGCCGCCGAAGACCAUGGCCAGAUUGGAAUCGUCGAGCGAGCCAUCGCCACCUUGAAGAGCACGAUCAGGCAGAUCUUGCAGGGUGGCGACUACACCGUGAAACAAGCCGUGGUUUCAGCAUGCUGCACUCAUAACACCCUGGAACGAGUGGAAGGAUACUCACCCUUCCAAUGGGCUUUUGGCAGACAGCCAACCCUCACUGGCAGGAUGCACGAAAAGGGCUACGAUGAUCCAUGGUGGACGUCAUCGGCAGUUCCUGGAUCCAGCGUGAUGCAGAACCUCCGUCUCAGAGUGAAAGCACAGCAAUCAUUUCUCCAGGCUCAGUCUCACGAGUUGAUCUCCCGGGCUGCCAACUCCAAGACGAGAGAGAAGACGAUUGCAGAGGGCAUGAAUGCGCCUACGGCUGUGUGGACAUUCCACACCCUAGCCAAGGACAUCCUGAAGGGAGAGUACGAGAUCUUGGAUGACCACAUGUUCCCCGAGGAUGUCACGGCCACCAGGUCUUCCGAACCCGACAACACCGUCGACUACCCGACGAAGUUCUUCUGCUAUGAGCCGGAUGCCAUGGCGUCUCGUGCGGCCGGAAGGCCGAUGCAUGAGCUCUUCGAACAGCCUUUGUUCAAGAGACAGCGGAAGCAACUGGCAGCGACCUCGGACGAUGAGCUGCUGGCCACAUCGUUCUUUGCUGCUGAUGGCGAAUUGCAUGUUGGCAAUAUGGCCUGCUGCAUCGAGCUGCCGGUGCCCCAAAGCUCAUCAGAGCUUCGUCGCAUGAAGCGGGACCCAGAGACCUACUUCGUGCGCAAGGUGAAAGGAGCUGAAGUGAAAUGGCAUUCUUGGCGCCUUGCAAUGGAGGACUCCCAGAGUGAGAUCAGCUGUGCCACGGUAGCCACCUUGAAGGCAAGAAGUUCCUUGGCGGCAGAGGCGCAAGCCUUAGCGGAAUGCGACCAGGAGUUGAUGUUUUGUCGCCUGGCUUUCAUGGAGCUACGUGGAAAACAAUAG